UACCUUCCGCACUCGGAAUGAAACGGCCGUAUGACCGGACCGGCUGAAAGCAGAGGACAAACGGUACGGAAGGUUCAGCUACGUGGGACGAACCACGUAAGGAAACCGUCGCGGAGCAGUGGCUCUGAGUGGCUCUGUUUACCUUACGAUCGCCAUGUCCGUUACUCCACCAAAGUUCCGUAGAUAUACGUAUCGAGGAAAACGCAGAUUUGUCACUCGGAACGUAGGAAACGAAAGGGAAGUACCUUUUCCACGGCUUCCAUGGGUGACCUAUGACGUAAAGUGACGGGUUAUCGUCUCUCCGACAAGCUGGUUAUUCGUCGUCACGCUAAUGAACCGAUCGUAAGUCCGGGCUAACCUCUUUCGGGACGUCCACGGAGAAGCGACCGAUCAGACGGUCCGUGUGUUGCAGGCGGGAUGGCGCCACGCAGGGAAGCGAGACCUAACCUCAAUGCCGGCAGAUCCUCGAGGAGGAGCAACAAGAGCUGGCUGGAUAAUUAUUUGGAAUGGCGGCAGCUCGUCGCCUUCCUCACAGAUCCAAAGAAACUGUCAUUGACAGCGAAACUGUUUAUCGUCCUGGAGAUCGUUCUGAACGUGGUGGUCAUUCAGACUGUGCCGUACACCGAGAUCGAUUGGAGGGCCUACAUGCAGGAAGUCGAGGGAUUCCUGAACGGCACGACGGACUACUCGAAGCUGCGGGGUGACACUGGGCCGCUGGUUUACCCCGCUGGUUUUGUCUACAUCUUCUCCGGCCUCUACUACGUAACUUCACGUGGCGCCAAUGUGAAGAUAGCGCAGUACUUGUUCGCGGCGCUCUACGUGAUCAUGCUGACGCUGGUCUUCCGAAUUUACGCGCGGACCAAGAAGGUGCCGCCCUAUGUCCUUAUCCUGAUGUGCUGCACCUCCUACAGAAUACACUCGAUAUUCGUUUUGAGACUCUUCAACGAUCCAGUGGCGAUGAUACUGUUGUACGCGUCCAUCAAUGCGUUCCUAGACAAUCGCUGGUACCUGGGUAGCGCGUUGUACAGCCUCGCCGUGUCCGUCAAGAUGAACAUCUUGCUGUUUGCCCCGGCGCUUCUUGUCGCUUACCUUUGCACGCUAGGAACACUCAAAACGUUGAUACACUUGUGUGUCUGCUCGUUAAUACAGCUGAUUCUCGGUCUUCCGUUCUUGCUGGAGAAUCCAAUCGCUUACGUGAAGGGCGCUUUCAACCUGGGCAGAGUCUUCGAGUUCAGGUGGACCGUAAACUGGAGGUUUUUACCUGAAGAGGUAUUCGUUCACCCCUACCUGCACAUUUCCCUGUUAUUGCUGCAUGUGCUGACGCUGCUGUACUGCGCGCCCGUUUGGAUCACCUACAUGAAGUCGUACACGAAAUUAAAGCACGUGGGGAAGGAACUGAAGCCUCAGCUGCGUAAGAAAGAGAAAGUGGACAUGUCUACCGUAAGUCAGUUGUUCGUUUAUCCUCUUUUUGUCGCGAAUUUCAUCGGCAUUGUGUUUAGCAGAUCGUUGCACUAUCAAUUCUACAUAUGGUACUAUCAUACGUUACCGUACAUUGUGUGGUGCACUGACUACAAGACUAUCCUUAGACUGACUAUCUUAGGUGUGAUAGAAUUGUGCUGGAACACGUAUCCGAGCACGGUGUUCAGUAGCGCGGCGUUGCAUCUAUGCCACAUAAUUUUGUUAUAUGGCAUUCUUAAAAAUAGACCGAAUAGCGCGAAGGAGAAAUGAGGAGUGCGCACAUGUACGACGCAUUUCUAUCCCAAUUGUAUAUUCCUACAUAAUCUAUUAAAUACAUAGAGCAAUGUAUCUUUCCAUCGAUGUUACUUAACGUCUUACCGUCUCAAUACGUAUGAGGUACGUAUAUGUAUUUAUUUAUUCGCGGUUUUAUUAUUUACAUUUAGGAUUGUUCAAGGCUAUAUCUGCAAACAAACGAAUACGUAUGUAUAUGUAAAAUAUGCGUUUUAUAUAAGAGCGGAAUAAACUGUAGCGUGUUA